AUGUAUGCUGCUACAUAUAGUAAUCGUGAAACAUCGGGAACUCAAGCUGUUGCGAAAAAGAAUUAUGGCUACGCUGUAAGGGAUUGGUUCGACACCGUUAGCACACCUAUAACCGACACUACAUACACGGAUACAUCAAUGGAGCCAUUUGCAAACGCAUUCAAUUAUAAGAAUUUGAAAGUUGGAUGCGCCUACCAGUACUGUGUAAGUAGCAGCAAAUUAGCCGUUGCUUGCGUAUAUAAUGAAAAGACACCUAACGUUGGCGACCAAGUCUAUCUUGGGAAUGCGAAAAAAAAUAACGGAAAUGCGGAACCAGAACCACCUCAACCUACUACUGGCAUGACUGAAGAAUGUCGAACUCAGGUUGUGGAUAUCCACAACAAAUACAGGUUUAAAUAAAU